AGAACAGUGACAUGCGCAGAAAGGUUUCCGGUUGUUAAAAAGUAGACAAGUUUUGCAAAACACGCAUAAUUGCACAUAGGCAUACAGUUUAAAGGCAAAAUAAUAACGACAGUCGCACAAAUCAGCAUAUUGACACAAAUAAAUGUUUGAAUCUCCAGCACACUGGAUACAAACCUGCAGGCAGCUGGUAAUCUGUUCACAAGACUGAAUUCUUUGAGUUUACAUGAUCGGUCCAACAAUUCUGGAUCCAGUAACCCACAACUAGCAGAAGAGAUGCCAAUAAGGCGCAAGAGAUCCUCCCCCACAAUGGAAGAGUCCAGAUCAAAACGGCCAAAAUACUCACAAGCCCGUCGCUGUCCAUCAAGCGGGUCUGAAUUGUUCAACGGGAAGCAGUGUAUAGCAUGGUUUCACGAGUACACAGGACCUGAUGAGGACACACUGGGCCCAGAUGGCAUGGAGAAGUUCUGUGAAGACAUCGGCGUUGAACCAGAAAAUAUUGUUAUGUUAUCUCUGGCAUACACACUGGAUGCAAAGUCAAUGGGUUUCUUCACAUUAGCAGAGUGGUUAAAAGGAAUGACAGAAUUGCAAUGUGACAGUGUUUCCAAAAUCAGACAGAAGUUGGAGUAUCUACGAAAUUUACUAGAUGACAGUGUGCAAUUCAAAAAUAUAUACAGAUAUGCAUUUGAUUUUGCAAGGGAUAAGGACCAAAGAAGCAUGGAUAUGGACACUGCGAAGGCCAUGUUGACCUUGUUACUGGGCCGCAAGUGGCCCCUCUUCACCUCCUUCCACCAAUACCUUGAUCAAUCCAAGUACAAAGUGAUCAACAAGGACCAGUGGUGUAACAUACUGGAGUUUAGCCGCAGUAUAGCCCCUGACCUCUCAAACUAUGACGAAGACGGUGCAUGGCCAGUUUUGCUGGAUGAGUUUGUAGACUGGUACAGAGAUCAGAGACAAAUGUUGAGUUGAUGGAGCCAUGUUUUAUGAAAAUACAAGAGAGAGAAAAACAGUCUAGAACAAAGUCCUUGCAAACACAGUGGGUGGGGUAACAAGUUGUGAUACACAGUCUUUCCACAGCGUACAAUGCCAGUGUAGAUAAAGUGCACAGUUGAAUCUAUGUCAUAUCACCCUCAUACACAUUUGUUUGUGCAUAUUUGUUUCAUUUAUGGAUUUUAUUUUGGUCAAAUCUUUUAAUUCCUAAUGUAAGUACGUGUAUUUUGCAUAUAGCAUGUGUUACAUAGGAUUUUAACAAUUUUCAAUGAUUUUAAUCAAGACUCUGAAAAAAGUUAUUUAAAAAAAUCACAUUAACCAGAUUAAAUGUUGUUAAAAUAUUUCCUUACAGCAAGCAUUUAGCAUUUUUCUGGAAGUGUAAAGAGAUAUGUUUGUAUGAAAUGAUGGAUGCUGUUAUUGACCACCAAUCGUCAUGGGGGUAUUCUAAUUUACUUUGUGUAGAUCACACACAGCCGUGUGCGCACAUAAGUUUCAUAUAGUAAAAAUGUCCACUGAUCUAGUUGCUAUUCUUUAAAUGUAGAUGGAAUUAGGUAACAAUUGAAAACUUUUUUUCUGAAAAAGGUUGAACAAAUAUUUUAUACAGGUAUGUACUAGUAAACUGUAAAUGCAUAUUUUAUCCAGAAUAUAUUGGACAACCAGUAUGCCAUGUGCACAGACCUACAAAUGCAUUAUGAAUAAGAAAAAACAAUUCAUUUUUUCAGAUUUCAAUUUUUCCAUAACAUUUUGAUAAAAAUUGAGACUCACCAGUGUGUAUUAUAUAGUUGUAUUACUAAGUUUACGCUUUGUAACUUAAAAUCAUAUGUUUGACAUCAGUUUUCAAUUUUUGUAUGAUAUAUAUGUAUUAUUUUUUGCAUUAACUCAUGUUCUUUAUCAUAAAUUAAAUAUAUAUUGCACUUCUUAUAAAAAUUGUAGACCACUGUAGAUCAAAUUAUUGUAAAACAAGUGCUAAAGAGUGAGAUAAAUGAAGGUAAAUUGUUUGUAUAUCAUGUUUAAUGUUACGGGUAAUAUGAAUAUAUGAAUGCAAUUGUAAGGAUAUUUGUUUUGACUAAGAUUUGUCAUAGAAUUCAACAGUUAUGAACUUCAUGUAUAUUGUCGUGAUGUACUGGACGGCGAUAUAUUGGAGUUGCAGUGUAUCGGGAUACUUUUGUGUUCUUUAACAGUUGUGUUGGGCAGUUAUAAUUUAAAAUUAAUACUUUUGAGGUUGUGUCUAAAAAUAAAGAAAUAAAUAAGCUUUUGUGACAGAGGAAGAGCUGUUGUUUGCAUAGAAACUUUUUAAUUUACAACCUGUAUUUGCUGUUGUUUUCAAAUCUGCAAGGAUGGACGUGCGUUAAAAAUGACAGGUCACUGAAAUGUCUGAUACCCCAACUGUUUGCUGGUUUGUAUAUGAAUUACUAAUGCUGUUUUAUGAAAUGUGAAUUUGCUUGAAAAAAGAGUUGCACAUAUUUUUAGCAGGUCCCUGAGAAAACUUAAUACAUGUCAUUGUGGUUGAAGUGGUUGAAGCAUUGUUCCAGCUUAGCCUGUGCAGUCCGAAGACACUUUUUGCACAGACUGGAUUUGUUUUCCCAGGAAGAUUCCUCAAAAUGAGAAUUUCCAUAAACAGGGAAAGUGCCGUCCCUGAUUAGCCUGCUUGAGUUAGAUAAGGUUAAUCUGGGACGAUACUUAACACACAUGCAUUGAGCAUGGAUGUCCCAGAGAUUGGCUCAUUGGUAAUGAAUUUUUCCAACAGUACUAUUUCUGCAUGAACGUGAAAGAUUUGUGGUGCGUUGAACCGGUCAUAGUUUCAUUAAACCAUACAUUUGUUAUGCUUUGCAAGCAAAUUGUAUAAUGGUGUUUAUGAGAACGAAAAAUGACUAAUCUAUAUUUGUUUAUAUUAUUACCAAGUUACUCAAUAAGCAUUAUGUUAUGUACAUAUUAAAAUCAUUUACUUGGUAGGAAAUAAGAAAUGUCUUCAAGUAUGCAAUGAUAGAAGAAUCUAUUCAGUUAUCAGUGUGCCAUUAUUCAUGUUGUGAUAGUGUGUCUUCUUUUUCAUAUUUAUGAUUUUGUGGCUUAGCUAUUGUGAACAAUCUGGGAUGUAAUACCAGGGUGGAAUAUUGUUGUCAGUGUUGUCCAUCAAGUGUCUUGGUUCAUUCAUAGUUGUUUUUAUGUGCCCAGCAUUUUAAGAUAAUGUGAUGCAUAUAUAUUGAUUGACCUGUCUGUUUGCUCUUCAAUUUAUACAAGGUUUACCCAAAAUCACAGGUUUCUUCCAUUGUGUUGGUUAAUGUGGGCAGUUGCCAAGAGUGUUGGCUUGAGUACUAAUGUGCUAUCAUUACGGUUAUUUAUGCCUUUAGCUCUAGUUUCAGUCUAGUUGCUUUUAAUUGACAACUUAAGUGUAAAAUGUGCUUAGCCUUAGUGUGAUAGAAACAGGAAUGGUUAUGUUUGUCAGUUGUUAAAAUUCGAAACAAAUUCCGCGACGAUUUAAAUAUUUGAGGAAGAAAGCUGAUACAACAAAAGCUAUCUGUAAAUUUCUUGGUAAUAAAAUACUGAAAUGUAUAAUAGUGAAAAUCGGUUGUUUAAUGCUUGUUUAUGGCAUUAUCAAGUUAUUAAAACUUUGCAUUAGAUUGAUCCAAAGAACUAUGCCAAAAUUUCUUUUAGUUUAUGCUAUCCAUUGUUUUAUUAGGAAAUAUCAGCUGUUUAAAAUAGGUUAUUCAGUAUUUAAAACAGUUUUUAAAAGUUUUUUUCACAGUUUUGCUGUUACUACUGUUUACUGGCUCCGAAAUUAAUACAGUUAAUAAAAAUAAUAAGAUUGCAUAAUAACGAUACUGGUACAAAAAGUACAGGGUAUGAGAAAUGCAUGGGAUAUCAUUAUGAUGAUGUCAUUAUUCCUAUGAAAUACCCUUGUUAUUUUUUAUGUAAAAAACAACAGUGGAUUAGCAUGUAAUAAUCAUAAAUAAAUUUUCAUAUUUUUGGUAGUGUAUCCUUUUAUCCACUUGUAAUGAUAUAUAUGCAUGUUCUGACGUUAUGGAAGUUUUGAAGAAGAUAAAAUAUAAGUGGUUAAUGAAUCAAUAUAAAAACUCCCAUGCUGUUCAAUUGAUUUUGUUCAAAUUCCAAAUCCAUUUACUGCAAACAGAAAGUAAGGAAGCAAUUUUUUCCUUAACAUCUUUAUGUAAAAUAUUGAUACAUUUUUAUUUGAUUUUGUGCAGUUAAUGAAAAAUGUAACUGGUUUCUCUUUUUUGAAGACAUUAAUGUUACCUGCCUUGUAAAAUUGCCAUUGAUAUUUUAAGAAUAAAUUGAGUUGUGUUCUGAGAAAACUGGGCAUCAUUCAUGUGCGAAAAGUGUCAUCCCAGAUUAGCCUGUGCAGUCCGCACAGGAUAAUCAGGGACGACACUUUCCGCUUUGAUGGUAUUUUUCGUUUAAAAGAAGUCCCUUUUUACCGAAAAUCUAGUUUAAGCGGAAAGUUUCGUUGCUGAUUAGCCUGUGCGGACUGCACAGGCUAAUCUGGGAUGACACUUUAUGCACAUGCAUUAUGCCCAGUUGUCUCAGAACAAGACACAUAUAAUUGACCUGUACAGAUACUGUCUAGUAGCAGAUCUAUUAUACCCGGUAAGUGUGUAUGAUAUUGUCCUAAUGCCCUACAUACACCAAACAGUGUAAUACAUGCUUGUAUGGACGAAUGCUGUGUAUAUAUGAUCCAUGUCAUGCAAAAGUAGCUCUGGAGCUACAAUGACCACUAUCAAGUCACACAAGGUUGAGUGGUUUAAUGAGCAGACAGAGGAGCUCCGUACCAGACUGCGCAAAUGCUCAGGCAGGUCUGCUGUUAGCAUACAGGAUAAGACCUUUUUUCGCGUGAUGCGGGUCAUAUAGCAUUUUGUACAAUCAGAAACACAUCUCCUUAUGAUUAGGUGCAUACUUAUACUUUGUUAAGUCUAUCGUCUUGUAAAUGUCUCAUCUUUUCAUUAGUGUUGUUAAAUAGGUUUUAAUCAAUUCAAAUAACGAAUCAUAAAACAAA